GACGAGAAAAAGAAGGCGUGCUCCGGAGACGAUUGUCAUGGCAACCCCGAAAUUGACAGGCUGCGGAAAGAGGUCCAAGACACCAAGGAGAUAAACAAGAAGCUGAGGGAUCUGCUGCAGGAGCCUCAGAGUCAGUCUUCAGCAGAGGAGAAACACAAUCACUCCGUGGCUCUGCAGGCUUUGGAGAGACAGGCCAAAGAAGACCUGCUGUCUGAGAGGAACCGAUUACAGACAAUGCACCACCUGGAGCUGGAUAAGCAGCGAGCAGAGUUGACCCAGCAGCACACGGAGUGGAGCAGACAGAUGACCCAGAGACACAUGCAGCAGAUAGAAGACCUGCAGGCUCAGCUACAGGCACACACACAGAUGAUGGCCCUGCAACAGGACCUGAAGCAGCAGAACCAGUACCAGGUGUUCGAGCGGCAGCUGGAUGAGAGUCGCUGUGCCAUGAUGGAGCUGCAGAGAGAAAAUGCCACACUGAAGAAGCAGUUGAAGGAAAAGUCAGUGCAGCUGAAUCCCAAAACGGAGGAGAAAGAGGACGAGCCCGUGGAGCUGCACAAGAAGAAGGACGCCCAGCUGGAGGAGGAGGCGCAGCGUCUGAAGGAGGAGGUGGAGAAACUGCGGGUGGAGAUGGAGAAACUGGAGGAGUCCCAGAAGCACUGGGAGGAGAAGAAAGAGGAGGACGUGAAGGAGGAGGAGGUGGACGAGGAGAAGAAGAAGGAGCGCGAGGAGGAGAAGAGGAGGGAGGAGGUGGAGGAGAUCAGGAGGGAGCACAAGAAGGAGAUGCAGAGUCUGGUGUCGGAGUACAGCAGCGCGCAGACGCACCUGCAGGCUCGCAUCGUGGCCUUGGAGAAUGAGCUGCGCGAGCGGGAGGAGCGCUGCAGGAGGAGGGAGCCCCGCUGUGACGAUCUGCAGCUGGGGAGGCUUCAGGAGAGGCUGACGGAGAGGGACCAGCUCAUCAAACGACUAGUGGAAGAGAGGCAUCAGCUGCAGCUCCACCCUCCUGUUGCCGGGGACAACAGCACCCUCAGGCAUCGUGACAGCAAGUCCCGCCCGGGGAGCGCCACGCCAACCAUGAGGAAGAAGCGUGCUGAGUCUCCCCCUCGGGUGACCAGCGCCUCCAGCGCCGCAGCUUACGACAGGAGCAUCUUCCUCCCCCAGUCCUCCUCGUCGUCUUCCUCCUCCUCUGUCCAUCAGCACUCCUCCUCCACCCUCCCUCACCAGUCCUCCUCCCACCCUCAGACCUCCCCCCACUACUCCUCCUCCUCUCUUCCACACAAGCACACCUCCCUCUCCCUCAGCCAACAGUCCUCCCCCACCCUCCCUCGCUCCACCCGAUCCCGGACGUCCUGCAUCCCUCCCACCCCGGCGCCCACCGCCCCGCUCCCCGUCUGCCCCUCGGCGCAGACGGGCAUCCGCUACGUGUCGCCGUCUUGCCAGCCCAUUCAGUCAGGGGCCCGUACCUGGAGCAGAGAGGGACAGAGGGUCUGAAGCAGGAGUGGUUCACAAAAUACUUCUCCUUUUAAGCACAAAAACACCCAUAAACACACACACACCUACACACACACACAGCAACUGCAAGUACAUUUCUUCAUAUACAGUUCAUCGCUUCUUAUACACAUCUGUUUGCUUCCAACACACACACACAGGAACAUACACACAUCAACACACACAUGGGCUCAUCACCAGCAAGGCCAUCUCAAACAUUGCCUCAAAGCUCAACCAAAAAGUGCUUCUCGAACACAUGCCUGACCUCGUCUCAGAACAAAGGUCUGCCGGAUCUUGUUUGUAUAGUUUGGAAUGUCUCCGUAUCUUUCUUCUUUUUUUUUUUUUAAACGCAGUCUUCCUUUUAAAAACAACAAAAAAAACAAACAAACAAAAAAAAAAUGCAACCUCUGCUCCAAUCUCAUCCCACGUUCAGUCCGGGCAAAAUGUACAUUUUUAUUACGAUGAACAAAGCGUCUCUUUGAGUAUGGAAGCAUCCGACGUAUUCAACCAAGAUCCUCGUCAAAAACAAACCGGACACACACGACUCUCACCAUACCAAAAUGAAGCUUGUUCCAAUGCAAAAAUGUAUGAUACUCUUAAUGAACAAAUUGAAUAAAAGUAUUUUGUUUUUG